AUGCUCUGUAUUUGGUGGGACCAAUUCGGCGUAGUGUAUUAUGAGCUACUAAAACCGACUAAAACAAUCACAGGCGAUCAGUAUCAAAAGCAAUUGAUGCGUUUGAGCCGAGCACUAAAAGACAAAUGGCCGCAAUACAACGAUAGACACGAUAAAGUAAUUUUGCAGCAUGACAAUGCUCGACCCCAUGUCGCAAAGCUCGUCAAAACAUAUUUGGAAACGUUGAAAUGGGAUCUCAGAGCUUACCAAGGGGCAAGUCUCACGCGGCAGUUACGAGCCAAGGGACGCAAGGGCCUUAUCAAGUCACAAAAGCCGUGCUAUUGUCCACCAAGAAAACGAGCAUACCGCUAUCCUAGUCGAGGCGACGAGAAGGUUCGAGAGGCGUCCAGACGCCAUUUGCCGCUACAUCGCCGCCACGUGACACGGACCAGCGAGCGACAAGAAGCUUCGAGAAGCAUCCAGACGCCAUCUUCCGCUACGCCGCCGUCACGUGAUACAACAUUGCCAGCAGCGACCCAUACCGCGUUUAGGAUAAUUCGCGUGAAUUACAUUCAGAGGCAACGCACGACGAUCAAGGCAUCGUGUACACGCACUAACUCGUACGUAGAUUCGGUAACAAGUCUCACGCCGACGGUGAAGGCGCAGCUUAAGGAACGCAAGGCGAAGUUAGAACAGCAUUGGCUAGAUUAUGCCAUGAUACAAUUGCAAAUAGAAGGUUUGGACGAGGCCGGCGAUCGCGCGAGUUUCGAAGAAGCAUACUACGUGUUAGCUGCUAAGAUAACGGAAUUACUCGACCCCCCGGUCUCCCCCUCUCAGGAGACAAGAAUGUCAUCGCCGCUGACGACGGGUACUUUCGGGACGGCGGAUACGGCUAAUGUUCGCUUGCCGAAAUUGAACCUCCCCAAAUUUACCGGCAAAUACGAUGAGUGGUUCCCGUUUUUCGAUGGAUUCAACUCUAGUAUACAUUCGAACGCAUCUCUAAAUAACGUACAAAAAUUGCAAUACUUGCGUGGUUGCCUCUCCGGUGAAGCUGGCGACGUAAUCAGUUCAUUAGAAAUUUCGGAAUUAAAUUACGAAGUUGCAUGGCGUCUCCUGAAGGAUCGUUACGACAACAAAAGAGUCAUCGUGUCGAAUCAUGUCAGAUCAAUAGUCGAGCUCGCGUCGAUGACUAAGGAAAACGCGGGCGAGCUACGCCAGAUCGCGAAUAGUGCAACGAAGCACAUCCACGCCCUUCAGGCUUUGAAACGUCCGACGGCGUAUUGGGACGACAUAUUGACAUACAUUGUCAGUUCCAAACUGGACCCGAUCACGCGACGGGAGUGGCGUACGACUCUGACGGGUUCAAGUAUUCCAACCUUUAAACAGUUAUUAGAUUUUAUCGUCCACAAGUGCGAGGUGCUGGAGCCGACUGACGAUUCAAGCACCCAUACUCGUCCGAAAUCAAGACACCAGACUGCCUACCACGCUUCUGUUAAAUAUCAAUGCAGCUAUUGCAAUGGCGACCAUUCGAUUUAUCGCUGUAAGAACUUUUUAGCACUACCGGUCUCGCGCAGAAACGCCGAAAUCCGUCAACGAAAGCUUUGUCUCAACUGCUUACGCUCCACCUCGCAUGGUGCCAGUCAAUGCACGUCGGGCGCGUGCAGGACGUGUAAGGCUAAGCAUAACACGCUCUUGCACGUAGCAACUAGCACGGAGUCUGGUACCCCCAGCUCCAACGAAAGGAAGGAAACAAGGACGGCAGCAUCGUCGCCUGCAGUAGUAACACAUGCACGCGCGUCCGGCGGCGAGCAGGUUAUGCUGUCAACGGCUAUUGCUUAUGUCACCGAUGCCGGUGGUGAAAUUAGAGAAGCGCGCGUCUUGUUAGAUUGCGGCUCGCAGGCGAACUUUGUCUUGAAAAAAGUUAUAGAGCUUCUCGGAUUAAACUCACGCUCGUUAGACGUUUCCGUUUCAGGGAUAAACGGAACGGUCACCAAAUCUUCUCGUGUCGCCACUCUACAGUUGCGGUCGCGUUUAAAUUCGUAUUCGGCCACUAUAGACUGCAUCAUCACCGAUCAAAUAACGGACGAGUUGCCGGCCUUCAGACUUAAGCGCGAUAGUUAUCGCUUGCCGCAUCAUUUGAGGCUUGCCGAUCCUCAAUUUUAUAAAUCAGCGGAGAUCGACGUCUUGGUGGGCGCCGGAACAUUCUGGGAUCUGUUGUGCGUGGGUCAGAUUAAAUCCUCGCCGGAACAUCCCACGCUCCAAAAAACGUGUCUGGGGUGGAUCCUAGCCGGCUGCGCGAUCGGUUCCCCGGAGUCAGGACAACGUAUCCGAGCGCUUCACGCGAGAAUUUCUAAUUCGCAAUUACACAAGGAGUUAGAACGAUUCUGGCAACAGGAAGAUAUGUUAAAUACACCGGUUACUCACGCGACGGAAAAAACUUAUUGCGAACAGCACUUUGUAGAAAACGUUUCUAGGACCGCCCAAGGUAGAUUCGUGGUAAAAUUGCCGGUCAAGGAGCAGUUGAUCAACAAGUUAGGCGACUCCAAGGAGACCGCGUUGAGGCGUUUUUACAAUCUCGAAAAACGAUUCAAGCGGGAUCCGGAACUGAAGGAGCGAUACACACAGUUCAUGAACGAGUACCAGAAAUUAGGACAUAUGCAAGAAACGAACGUACCACCGGACGAAGACUCAAUAUCAUUUUAUCUACCUCACCAUUGCGUUUAUAAGGGUUCGAACAUCCGCGUCGUGUUUGACGCGUCAUGCGCAAGUAGUUCGGGCCUUUCGUUAAACGACGUGUUAUGGGUGGGGCCGGCGAUUCAACAAGAUCUCAUAUCCAUUCUGAUGCGCUUCCGCGCAUUUGCUUACGUUUUCGUGGCCGACAUUAUUAAAAUGUAUAGGCAGAUCGCGGUAGACCCGUCGCAAAGAAGUUUACAAAGAAUCCUAUGGAGAAACGACACCGACUCGGAUGUAAAGGUUUACGAAUUAACAACCGUGACCUACGGUACAGCCCCCGCAUCGUAUCUUGCCACAAGGUGCCUUCAGCAUUUGGCAGAUCAGCACGCGACGCGUUAUCCGACAGGCUCAAGAUGCGUUCAAGACGACUUUUAUGUGGACGACAUUUUGACCAGGGCGGACAGUAUUGAAGAAAUAAAACUAGCUCGCGAUGAAGUUAUAAAGAUACUGCGCGCAGGAUCGUUUGAGCUUAGUAAAUGGGCAUCUAAUCUCCCGGGUUUGCUAGAUAACGUAAACAAACAACGCGAUAAACCUGUGAUAAUAAACGACGAAACAAAUUUGCGAGUGUUGGGCAUCCAAUGGGACCAGAACCAAGACACGUUCUCCGUUACUUAUGAAACGCGAAACGAUCUAAACACCGUAUCCAAGCGCACUAUACUGUCUGGUGUGGCCAGAUUAUUCGACCCGCUAGGUCUUCUCGGACCAAUAAUCGUAACCGCGAAACUCAUACUCCAAGAAUUAUGGCGGUCUAACAUUCAUUGGGAUGAAUCAAUUCCCCAGGAUUUACACUCCCGUUGGACGAAAUUCAAGAAUGGUUUACCUGAAUUAAAUGACCUACGGAUUCCGCGACGCGUCAAGUUUGCCACAGAACCGAAUCGGGUACAGAUACAUGGCUUCUGUGAUGCGAGCCAGCGUGCCUACGGCGCCUGUGUCUACGUUCGAACAGAAAUCAGCAAAAACGAAUACCGAAUCGAACUUUUAUGUUCUAAGUCCCGCGUAGCACCCCUUAAGGUUAUAACGCUUCCCCGAUUAGAAUUAUGCGCGACAGUUCUAUUAGCACAAUUAAUGAAAAGAGUAACUGAUGCCAUAAAAUCAACGAACGUAAGGGUGUUUCUAUGGUCGGACUCCACAAUUGCCUUAAACUGGGUAACCUCCGCGUGUCACAGAUGGUCAAUUUUUGUCUCAAACAGAAUUGGUGAGGUCCAACGUCUGACCGAACCACGAAAUUGGCGACAUGUUCCUUCGGCAGACAACCCGGCAGAUAUAUUAUCUCGCGGUUUAGAACCUAAUCAACUUCCGGCCGCAACCUUGUGGUGGCAAGGCCCUACAUUUUUACAAGUCGACGAAAGCCGGUGGCCCAGCGGCAAAUUCACGAACUUGAGAGACAGUCUUCCAGAAAGACUAUCGGUAUCCGUCGUUGCUACCACUCGAGAAAACUCUAUUGUGGACGAUUUGCUAGCAAAAUGCUCCAAUUUAAACAAGAUUUGUCGCAUCCUGGCGUAUUGCCUCAGGUUUCGCAAAACACGUCGGUUACCCGAUCAAACAAGUUUCGUUCCCCCCGGCGAGAUAGCUUACGCAUUAGAUGUCGCAUGCAAAACAGUCCAAAGGGGUUCAUUCCGGAACGAACAUAAGGCCUUGAGUGAGAAACUGAAGAUCAACGCAUCAAGCAGAAUACUCGCACUAUCCCCUUUUUUAGAUAAGGCCGGAAUAAUACGCGUAGGCGGUAGACUCGAGAACUCCGAACUCCAAUACGGCGCGCGCCACCCCAUAUUGCUACCAAGCGAUCACGAGUUGACCAAGCGACUAAUCUACCGAGAGCACGUACGAAACAAGCACGCUGGCACACAGGCAACCAUGGCCUUCGUGAGGCAACAGUUUUGGCCUCUUUCGCUCCGGUCAGUCACACGCAAGUUAAUUCGGAAUUGCGUAAUUUGUUUUAAGGCCAAACCGGCCUUAUCGGAGGCUAUCAUGGGAGCAUUGCCAACUAAUAGAGUCACGGUAUCCAGACCCUUUUCUCACUGUGGUGUGGACUACGCGGGUCCCGUCAUCGUGAGAGAGGGAAGGCGUCGUAAUGCUCGCAACCACAAGGCGUAUAUCUCGAUCUUUGUGUGCUUCGCAACAAAGGCAACACACAUCGAAUUAGUGAGCGAUCUCACCUCGGACGCGUUUCUCGCCGCGUUCCGGCGCUUUAUAUCACGAAGAGGCAAACCAGUCUGCAUGUACUCGGAUAACGGGACCACCUUCGUCGGGGCUAACAAGCAAUGCCGGGAAUUUUACGAUUUUAUCAAGGACGAACAAACCCAAACAAGCGUCAGAGAAUUCCUCCGCGAGCAAGAAACUACUUGGUCAUUUAUACCUCCCAACGCCCCUCAUUUCGGGGGCUUGUGGGAGGCAGCCGUAAAAUCGGCAAAAUACCACAUGUCGCGAAUCGUGGGCCAAGCUCAUUUAACCUUCGAAGAGAUCGCGACUGUUCUUUGCGAGAUAGAAGCGAUAUUAAACUCACGACCACUUACACAAGUUAGCAAUGAUCCAAACGACCUGGCAUAUCUCAGCCCUGGUCAUUUUCUGCGAAUAAUACAGAUACAACAGCAUUUUUGGCGCAGAUGGAGCUCCGAAUAUUUACAUUCUUUGCAAGAGCGUUCCAAAUGGAAAACGAACAAGAGAGCUUCACUGAAGCCAGGGCGACUCGUAGUGAUUAAGCAACCGGGCCUCCCACCCUUGCAAUGGUUGAUGGGUAAAAUCCAGGAAAUCCAUCCGGGCGCUGAUGGAAUCGCACGAGUCGCGACAGUAAAAACUCACAAGGGAACACUUGUAAGACCACUAUCUAAACUGGCAUUGCUGCCCAUAGAAGCGUAG